CCUCCUUCGAAUAACUAUCUCUAGGGUUUUACUCUCUCUCUCUCUACAACCCUCACUGUAUUCCCAGUAUUCUUACAGACGCACAAACAUAUAUGCAUCUAUAAUAUAUAAAGUUUUUCAUAUUAAACCCUAAUAAAACACAUUAAAAAAUGAAGGUGAAAGUAAUAUCACGUUCCACUGAUGAAUUCACUCGAGAACGAAGCCAAGAUCUCCAGAGGGUCUAUCAUAAUUACGACCCCACUCUUCGACCCCAAGAGAAGGCGGUGGAGUACGUCAGGGCUCUUAAUGCUGCUAAAUUGGAGAAGAUUUUUGCAAGGCCGUUUAUUGGAGCUAUGGAUGGUCAUACAGAUGGAGUAUCGUGCAUGGCCAAGAACCCCAAUUAUUUGAAAGGAUUGUUCUCUGGCUCUAUGGAUGGAGAUAUUCGUCUUUGGGAUAUAGCUAACAGGAAAACAGUUUGUCAGUAUCCUGGUCACCAAGGUGCUGUUCGGGGUUUGACAGUGUCGACAGAUGGUCGCAUUCUAGUAUCGUGUGGAACUGAUUCCACUGUCAGGCUCUGGAAUGUUCCUGUUGCUACUCUUACAGAGUCAGAUGAUUCAUCUGAUAAUUCGGCAGAGCCACUGGCUGUUUAUGUUUGGAAGAAUGCAUUCUGGGCUGUUGAUCACCAGUGGGAUGGAGAUCUCUUUGCCACAUCUGGCGCUCAAGUUGACAUAUGGAAUCACAAUAGGUCUCAGCCAGUCAACAGCUUUCAAUGGGGAACAGAGACAGUUAUAUCUGUUAAGUUUAAUCCGGGAGAACCAAACGUUUUAGCAACAACAGCUAGUGAUCGCAGCAUAGUAUUAUAUGAUUUGCGCAUGUCAUCCCCGGCAAGGAAAGUUAUCAUGAGGACAAAAUGCAAUUCUAUCUCUUGGAACCCCAUGGAGCCAAUGAACUUCACAGCUGCAAAUGAGGAUUGCAAUUGCUAUAGCUACGAUGCUAGAAAGUUGGAUGAAGCAAAAUAUGUACACAUGGGUCAUGAAUCUGCUGUGAUGGAUAUUGACUACUCACCAACUGGUCGAGAAUUUGUUACUGGAUCUUAUGAUAGAACAAUUAGAAUUUUCCAGUAUAAUGGUGGUCGAAGCCGGGAAAUCUAUCAUACUAAGAGAAUGCAAAGGGUCUUCUGUGUGAAGUUCAGCUGUGAUGCCAGUUAUGUUAUAUCUGGAAGUGAUGAUACCAACCUUAGGCUUUGGAAGGCUAAAGCAUCCGAGCAAUUAGGAGUUCUUCACCCAAGGGAAAGAAGAAAACAUGAGUAUCAUGAGGCUGUCAAGAAUCGUUAUAAGCACCUUCCUGAGGUCAAGCGAAUAGUCAGGCAUAGGCACCUGCCCAAACCAAUAUACAAAGCGGCUGCCCUAAGGCGCACUAUGAUUGAAGCUGAGAGAAGAAAAGCAGAAAGAAGGAAAGCGCACAGUGCCCCAGGAAGCAUCGUAACUGAGCCAUUGCGUAAAAAGAGAAUCAUUAAAGAAGUUGAAUGAGUUCUAUGGAUAUUGUGCUCGUGCAUAAUCGUGUCAUGCAAAUUACUCCCUGAUUUAAAUGCUGGUAUUCUAAGGUAUGGUUUGCUCAGUUCAGCGAUUCUUCAGUAGUCAUUUUUUAAUGUACUGCAAGGUCAACUGACACAAUGAAGCAUGAGGUCCUUUUAUGUAACAGUUUUGACGGACCUUGUAAUUUUCAAUUUAUAUAAUUUAUUUUCUGUAA